CGUCGCGGGAUCCGAGGGCGAUGCUCACGUGCAUCGCGUGCUCCAGGCACCAGCUCCCCGGCGGCGCGCCGCCGCUGCGCGAGCCGGAGGAGGGGGAGGACGACGAGGAAGACAACGCCUUCGCCGGGGGCGGGGGUGAACCGGCGGGGACGCCCAGCGCGAGGCACGCCAUCAAGUCGCUCACCGCCCAGAUCAAGGACAUGGCGCUGAAGGCGUCGGGCGCGUACCGGUACUGCAAGCCGUGCGCCGGCUCGUCCCCGGCGGCGGCGUCGCGGCGGCACCACCACCCGUACGGCGCCUACGCGGACUCCGAGGUGGCCUCCGCGUCCGACCGCUUCCACUACGCGUACGGGCGCGCCGGCAGCUCUGCGGCGUCGACGCCGAGGCUGCGAAGCGGAGGCGCGAUGUCCAACGGUGACGUCACGCCGUCGGUCAGCGCGCGCACCGACUUCCUGGCCGGGGACGAGGACGGGGAGGACGGAGAGGAGAUGGCGGCGGGCGGCAGCGAGGAGGACGAUGCGAAGGAGUGGGUCGCCCAGGUGGAGCCCGGGGUGCUCAUCACCUUCCUCGCUCUACCGCAGGGCGGCAACGACCUGAAGCGCAUCCGAUUCAGCCGUGAAAUGUUCACCAAAUGGCGAGCACAAAGAUGGUGGACUGAAAAUUAUGAGAAAGUCAUGGAGCUUUACAAUGUGCAGAAGUUUAACAGUCAAGCUGCUCCUCUCCCUAGCACUCCAAGGUCUGACCAUGAGAACUCCAAAGAGGAGGAUAACCCAGAGACAGCUCCACAUUGCAAGGGGCACCUACCGCAUACUUUGCACAAACCACUAAAGGGCAGUGGAGCAAUAGGAUAUUCAUCUUCAGAUUCUCUUGAGCACAAAACCAAUCAUCUUGGCAAUGGUUACCGCCAUGACCGCUACCUUGGACACCAGUGCUACGAUUCGGUUGGACUGGCAUCAACACCUAAGUUGUCAAGCAUUAGUGGAGCAAAGACAGAAACUUCAUCUGUGGAUGCAUCAGUGAGGACAAGCUCAUCUCCUGAAGAGGUGGAUCAAUCAGGUGAACUUUCAGCCUCUGUUAGCAACGCAAGUGACCAAGAGAGGGAAUGGGUGGAAGAGGAUGAGCCUGGUGUGUAUAUUACUAUUCGGGCUUUGCCUGGUGGCAUCAGAGAACUCCGGCGCGUCCGAUUCAGCCGAGAGAGAUUCAGUGAGAUGCAUGCCAGGUUAUGGUGGGAAGAGAACAGGGCCAGAAUACAUGAUCAAUAUCUUUGAGAAGAAAUGUCAAUUACAUUUACCAAUUGCUAUUUCCAUCAUCUUUGAAGCAAUUUCUGUACAUCGGACCCUAACAUCGUGUCAUCAGGUUUGCUACUUGCUUUGGCAACAAUGACCCUGGGAGUCAGAACUGCUUGCAUGUGUGGCAGUGAGCUUUCGGACUUGCUUUUCUCUGUCUAACAUUCGCUAUGCUUGUGUGAUACAUGUUUUCAUUUUGCUGCAUUGUUGCAAGUUUGGAUAGGUGGUUUCUGUGAAAAAAAAUCAAGAUUUUGUACUUUUUUAUCAGCCAUAAGUUGCUGGUUUGGAAAGCAAAAGGUGUUCAUACCAUUAGUAA